AUGGAAUCUCAAAGUGGAAGUGGAUCCAACAUUCAUCAUACAACUCAUCAUUCAACAAAUUCAAAUGAAAGUGAACCAUUCAACACAAUAAAGAAGCCAGAACUUUCACAUGAUCAUCACAUUCAUUUUAUGCCAAUUUCAACCACUACAACACCUCAUAAUGAAAAUCCAACUUUUCUUCACACCAAUGACCAAACAAACUCUUCAACAAAUCUUGCUAACCCUUUUGGUGAAUUUCAUUCUCCUUAUCCAAAUAACUCUGACCCUUCAUUUUCAUCAACACAAAACCCUUUCUUAGUAUUUGGUGAUCAUAAUGAUGCAAAUGAAUCUCAUAAGUUGCAUGAUCAUGCACCUUUUGAGCCUAAUUUUCAUCAUCAACUACCUACAUUUGAAUCAUCACUAGGAAAUCCCUUCCAUGAAAAUGAAACUCACCAUCAUGAUCAUGGUAAUGUUUGGCAUCAUCAAGAUCAUUGGAACUUUCCUAAUCAUGAAGAAACAUCACAUGCUUCUUCCUCAAGUCAACCAUCACACCCUUUGUUCACACUUGAAUCAACACAAAACCAGCAACUAGAUAAUGAAUAUCAUAAGAACCAUAGAGGUUUUGAAUCUUCAACUCAGCAACACAUGGAUGAUUCUCUAAGUGUUUCGAGUAACACCGAGAGAGAUACUCAUGCAUAUCAAAAAUCGCGAAAGGAUAGUGAUGAUGAUAUGCUGGUAAGCUCAAUGCCAAAGCAUGAACAAAAAGCUUUAACUCAGCAAAACAUGCAUGAUUCUCAUUCUACAAGUUUUGAAUCUUCAUCUCCGCAACACAAACAUGAUUCUCUAAGUGCUUCGAGUAACACCGAGAAAGAUACUCAUGUACAUCCGAAAUCGCAAAAAGAAAACAUGUUAGCUUCAGAAUCUAGUGAUGAUGAUUUCCCAGUAAGAUCAAUGCCAAAGCAUGAACAAAAAAAAUCUUCAACAUUAGUAGUUGUUCCUGAGACGAUACAAAAUCCUCCGAUACAGAUAAUGGAAAGACAAGAGAAUUGUUCUGUAACUCCAUCUUCAACACCGAGAAUUCCAUUACAUGUUUUCGCGAGAGAUAGACUAAAUGCUCAAUGGAGUGGUGCCUCUAAUGAAUCGUUGUUUAGCAUUCAAAUGGGAAAGAGUUUCUCGAACGACAUGGCUUGGUUGACUAAAUCUGGAGAGUUGGAUAAGAAUGUCGAUCACAUGGAUAAGAAUGUCGAUCACAUGAAUAUGUCGGGUGGUGUUCAAAGUAAUCAUCCUCCACUUUCACCUCAAACACAUGCUACUAAAUUCAAUGAUAUUAGCACGAAUUUCGCUGAGCAACACGAAAGUAAUUCGAAAGUAACUGAGGCAACAGCGGCAGAGACAAUGCGAGAGGUUAUAAUGGAAACUAGUACAGCACCAGAGAAUAAUAAAAGUAAAGGACCAACAACAUUUUUUAAUGCGGCGAUGCAUUCGGACGCACUUUCUAGUUCUAAUAAUGACCAUUCUCGGCAUUCAAAUGGAAGCACCCAAUCUUUUGCAUUUAAAUCAUACGCAGAUGGAGACAAAACUCAUUUGUCACAUGGAGACAAAACUCAUUCGUCAAAACACGGCGAAGAGACGAAAAAGCAGCUGAAGCAGACAGAGCAACAGAAUUCGACGAAAACAACGGUAGCACCAUCUGCAGCUCAAAACACAAAACCAGCAUCAAAUGCUUCGCAGAACAAAUGGCUAUCUUGCUUCACAUGUUGCCACUAG